AUGUGGAAAAUAAUUUUUGUUAUCUCUGUGCUAGCUUUAGGGAUCUCCAGAGCGGAUGAUGAGAAAAAAUUGAAAGUUACUGUGGAAAAAUCUGAAAUCGUAACGGAUCAAGCAGUAGUAACUGCUAAUGCUGUUAUCAGGGCAGAAAAUGGGCAAUCUCUUGUUGAUGUGACAGGGGAAGUUCUGCAGGACAUAGAAAGAGGAAUUCUUGUGGACAUCGAGGUGAAAACAGAAACGGAAAAACCUGGAGAGUUCAAGCCACUUUUGAAAGCUGAAGAUAUUGAUUUUUGCAAUUACGAAAAGAACAGCACGAUGGCUCCUUUACUUGAUCUCUUCCUCAAGGAUAUGAGUAGUUUUGGCAAUCUUCCACUCAAGUGCCCAAUAAAGAAGGGACCUUUUGGUAUUAAAGGAUUCCAUUUUGGUCACGAUAGUUUGCCAUCGUAUACACCUGAAGCAAGAUAUUUGAUUGAAUCGAAGAUCUAUAUCCCCAAAGAUGGAGAUGAUCAUCAUACAAUUUACAACAGCAAGUGGAUUGCAUUGAUCGUGAGAGAAUAA